CUUGCUGCAUGCUAGUACUUUAUAGCACUGUAUGAAAAAUAUUAGAGAUCAAGAUGCUUCAUUUGAACCACUUUCAUUGUUUCUACGAACAGGAUAGCCCUUUCAGCGAUACUUGUAAAGAGGUCACCAGUCGUCUCCAUCAGGCUGCUGAGUUGUGUGGCUCCUCUUUGAGAGCAGGAACUGCCUCUCUGAAGCAAUCAAACACCAUUACACUUUCUGACCUUCCAAUUAUUGUUCAGUUACACAUUUUCUCCUACCUUGAUGCUCGUUCACUGUGUCAAUUGGCUGUGACGUCUUCUAGACUGAGUCAGUCAUCAUGUGAUUCUCUCCUGUGGUCGCGUCUACUGGCAAGAGACUCUCUCUCAUGGUCUGUGUUGGGACACCUCUCCUAUCCCCCUGUGUACACCUCAGCCGGCUCAGAGCUUUCCCCAAAAGAAAUAUAUGAGGCUUGCUAUAGUCGCCGUGAGUGCAUUCCUCAGCGAUCAUUCACUCACCCUCUCACCACACGACUACGGGGUCUUGUUCGAAGACUACAAGGUCAUGUGCCAAAAUUGCUAGUUGUCGGCUCAGGACUAGAGACUCUUCCAUUCAUUCGCACUCUGCUAUGGGAGGAACAGUCACCAUAUAAACCCAUUGGCAUGUCCCCUGGCAAAGAUGGCAUUGGCAGUGGUGUGUGUGUGCAGCAUAGGGACCGUCCCCUCAACCUUGUGACCCUCUACAGAGCCCCAAAGGCUGAACGAACUUCCUCAACUGUCAACAAGCUACUCACAGCGUCAAGAGAAGAACUGACACCAGGUGUACAGGAGCUGUGUCAACAAGCUGAUGGAUUGGUUUUAGUAGUUGAUUCCACAGAGGCCCCCUGCUGUGACGAUGCUAGUCUAUUGGGUGGAAUGAUUGGCUACUGUCCUCAUGGAACACCUGCACUCAUUCUAGCCUGCUCAAUGAAGGAGUUAGAGGUCAGCCCACCCCCCCUUUGCUGGGCCGAGAGUCUACAGUUGACCAGACUGAGCGUCCCAUGGCAAGUGAGGAGGCUGAAUUUAGAGGCUACCAGUGGGCUUGAACAAGGGAUGGACUGGCUGUUAACAGCAAGACAAUGAUGUGUGGAAUGGCUGAAUGCUUUAUGUUGCGUAUACUUAAUACUUGAAGCUAAUUAAAUUUUUGUUCAAUUUACUUUGCACCACCCACACAAUACGAAUUUCAUAAUAAUUAUGCCUAUUAAAA